UUGUCAUCCCAUUGCCAACUGGACAAGUCAGUCUUUGCUUUUCCCCGUGACAUGUGUUUGAGUUGCAGCGGAAAGGAAAUGUGUCAUCUGUGGUUUGGUUUUAAAAGUGGAAAGCUAGCUGUACAUAUCCUCUUUAAAAACCCCUGCGGAUUUAAGUUUCAUAGUCUCCAAACUAUUCUACUUAAAAUAAGAAGAGAAGAACAGAAGUGGCUUAUUAAGUAAAGGUUGGGACAGAGCGCUCUGUAAGAUUUCUGUUAAAAUAAGGGAGAAAAAAAUGUCAGUUACAAAAUGACAACAGGGGUGGCCACCUUUGACUGAUAUACUUCUGAGUGCAAAAGAAGUCUUUUGCUUUCCUGAUUCUAGGCUGAGAGAAGCACUACGCCUCUGCUAUUUAGAAAGACAUAGUCAGCUACAGCAAUAGAGGGAGUCAGCCAUGCCCACAAGGCUACAUUCUAGAACCAGAAUCCUCAGGUUGCUUAACAUCAUACUGGAAAGACUAACAGCAUUUCAAAUUCUCACUUGACGUACACUCACUCUCAGGUUCCAAACCUCUACCCUACCUCUCCUACAAAAGAAAAGCCACUUGUGAUAUCUUUUUAAGCUUGAAACAAAACUUUCAAGGCCACCUUCUCCUUUACUUCAAGAUGAGGGCAUGCUUUUCAGACGGUGGACACUUCCGUAAGAAGGAGCCUUCAAAGAGGAAGCAUGAGCACAAAAGCAGAAGCAUCUGACUACAAGCUGAGGUCCAGGGUACUACCUUAAAAGGGAGAAUAUGUACAGCUAUGGUGUAAGGUUAAACAUGGUCAACAUAUUUGUAAUGCUAACUUAUAGCAUCAGAAUGUACAACAAAAUUUUUAAUUUUUAUGUACAAUCUAAGAACAGGAAUGAAAAUUCAGUUAAAAAACAAAGUAACAAAUUCACUUGAGAAGAAUCCAAUAGCAAAAGGUAGGCAUGGAUCUCUGGUGUCCUUGUGCUAUCUCAAGUACAGCCAAUUAUCUACAAUUACCACAUGUGCCAGACACUGUUCUUCCACAAACUAACAAUUGAUACUGCUGUCUCAACAGAUACCAGCAUACCUGUAGGCAUGGAGCACACAGGACAGUACCUGCAUCUUGUUUUCCUGAUGACAACAGUGUGGUCCUCAUCUCCUGGAACAAAAGCAAACUAUACACACCUGUGGGCUAACAGUAUCAAUGCCUCAGGUUCCAUUAAUCAAAACAGCACAAGAAGUCAUCUGAGUGAGAACACAAACCCUGUCACUCCUGCAGUGGGUCACAAGGUGAGUGCCACAGACAAGCCUGUAUCAUCUCCCACUGUGCCUACAUCUACACUCAAGUCCUCCACACCCUUCAAAAACUGUUCUCCAACAGCAGAGAUCAAAAGUCAGGGGGAAACUUUUAAAAAGGAAGCCUGUGAUAACACCAGCAACACAGCCAUGCUAAUUUGCUUAAUUGUGAUUGCAGUGCUUUUCCUUAUCUGUACCUUUCUGUUUCUAUCAACUGUGGUUCUGGCAAACAAAGUCUCAUCUCUCAGAAGGUCAAAGCAAGUAGGCAAGCGCCAGCCUCGGAGCAAUGGUGACUUUCUGGCAAGCAGUGGGCUCUGGACUGCUGAAUCGGACACUUGGAAAAGAGCAAAGGAGCUCACAGGCCCAAACCUCCUGAUGCAAUCCACUGGUGUGCUUACAGCUGCCAGGGAAAGGAAGCAUGAAGAAGGAACUGAAAAACUCAACUAGGCCAUGGUCUGGAAAGGGAAAUACAAAGCAGCAACGAGGAAGGCUGAGUUAAAAAUAAAGCUGGCUGGUGGUAUUUCACAUCCGUGUUUGCUCAGAUGAUCAAAAGUCUGACAUGCUGUUUGUUUAGCAUCAAACAGACCAGGAAGGGAGAUGUAUGCCUGCUGAAGUUUUAUUUCUGUUUCAUAUUUCAUAUAUUUGGAGAAAAUAAAACAACAGAAGCGGAAGAAACUAAUAGAAAUAACAUGAAGUAACUAAAUACUCCUGUUCUGCAGUGAAUGACCUCUGUAUGAAUGUACUUGAACUUGGAAGAGUUCUAUUAAGCCCUUAUAGCCAAGCAGAUGCCACAAUGCCUAGCAGAAGUCAAAUUCCUAACGUGUAGAAUUCAACUGUGUAAUGCAAUGGUACAUUCUCACUGGAUAAGAUAGAACCUGUACCAGUUGGUAUCUUAGCACAGCUAAUGUUAGGCUACAUCUCUUUACCUUUACAUAUGGCACAAGACAAAAGUGCUUUUCACCUACACAUAACACAUUAAAAUUUAAUUUUGUACAAUAAAUGAAGACAGACUUUAGAACAAA